UAGGGCAGCGGCCGCCUCAGAGUCGCGCGCGGGGCGUGGGGCGGUGCUGAGGAGCUGAGGCCACGGCCAGCUCGACGCCGGGACUGUCCUGCGAGCGCAGCGCGGCGGAGCCGGCAGCUAGAGUACCCGAAGCAGGAGCAGCAGCCGCGCCGCCGUUCGCGGAGCCCAACCGAGCCGGCCAUGGCGUUGUCGAUGCCGCUGAACGGGCUGAAGGAGGAGGACAAAGAGCCCCUCAUCGAGCUCUUCGUGAAGGCUGGCAGUGACGGCGAAAGCAUAGGAAACUGCCCCUUUUCCCAGAGGCUCUUCAUGAUCCUUUGGCUCAAAGGAGUCGUAUUUAGUGUCACAACUGUUGACCUGAAAAGGAAACCUGCAGACCUGCAGAACUUGGCUCCGGGGACCCACCCACCAUUUAUAACUUUCAACAGUGAAGUCAAAACGGAUGUAAAUAAGAUUGAGGAAUUUCUUGAAGAAGUCUUAUGUCCUCCCAAGUACUUAAAGCUCUCACCAAAACACCCAGAAUCAAAUACUGCUGGAAUGGACAUCUUUGCCAAAUUCUCUGCUUACAUCAAGAAUUCAAGGCCAGAGGCUAAUGAAGCGCUGGAGAGGGGACUCUUGAAAACACUGCAGAAACUGGACGAGUACCUGAAUUCCCCGCUUCCUGACGAAAUCGAUGAGAACAGCAUGGAGGACAUUAAGUUUUCCACACGUAAAUUUCUGGAUGGCAAUGAAAUGACAUUAGCCGAUUGCAACCUGCUGCCCAAGCUGCACAUUGUCAAGGUGGUGGCCAAAAAAUACCGCAACUUUGAUAUUCCAAAAGGAAUGACUGGCAUCUGGAGAUACCUAACCAAUGCCUAUAGUAGGGACGAGUUUACCAACACCUGUCCCAGCGAUAAGGAGGUUGAAAUAGCAUACAGUGAUGUCGCCAAAAGACUUACCAAAUAAAAUAGCACUUAUGAGAGAUGUCUUCAGAUCUUCCCCUAAGAAUACGCUUUUCCUAACAGACUGCUCAUCUUCCUAUAAAGUAGAAAUGUAUUUUGCAUGAACAUGCAGUUAUUCAUGGUUAGGAGCAAGGAUAGACAAGAUAUAGUAGUUAUCUUAAAAUAUACACUCCUAAGCAGUAUUAUGUUAAGACCCUCUCACCCUGCCUACCUCCCUCCCAGUGGUAUCCUCCUCCUCUGACUUCAGGACACUCCGUCACAGACCCUUCACCUGAGAGGCAGUUUGCCAUCUCUCCGGAGUCCUCACCAUUCUGUGUAUAGAUGGCAGAACUUUUGAGGUGCAAUGUUUAGCUGUUAAAAUAGUAGCCAUGACAUCAGUCAACCCCAAGCUGGUGCAUAAUACAGGUACAGAAGAAUUUAUGUAUUUUUUGGAAUUUUGUAGUAUUUAGUAAGAGUAUAUGAAAGGAUUGCUACUGUGUCAGAAAUGUUCUUUCAGUUUAGUCUAUCCUAGAUACAUACUGAAAGACACCACCACCAGAGAAGGGCGCCUUCCACAGAAAGUCACUACAAAUCCUGCUGUUCUUUAUAGACAGAUUUUUAGUUUUGCCUAAAAUCAUUCAUCCUUCAUACAGGUUGCAUCAUCUGACGCCAUGUGGAAGGUGAAAGUUUAGAGGGAGGAAUGGUAUUCUCAAGGUCUCCAGCAUUUUGUUCUCAGGAGGGAAACCAAUGGACGCCUGAUACUCUGUGUUGUUAGCUGGGUGUUUCGCCCAGUGCCAUUCAUUCGGAACAGGAUCAGCUGCAGUUUAAAAAGCUCCUUUAGGUAACCAUACACCCUGCUGUUUGUAGAUUUUUUUGAGCAACACUACAUACCCUGACACUUAGUUGACUUAGCUCUAGCAGUGCAGUGAUUAAUAAGUACAGAAAUAAGUCUAAAGAAUGUAGAGUGGGUUUGUCAAAAUAUCAAGUAUAUUUUGUUUCUAAAGCAUAUUUAAUGUGGAUUAAAUCUGGAGAGCGCAUUAUCCGUUCUGUUUUGAAAACUAAAAAGCAUACCUUACCAACUCUCACACCGCCCGAUUACUGUCGGACUUCGCACAGAGGGUGCAAAGACAGAUUGCAUAGACAGAUUGCAGUGUUAGGGUGAGUACACAUUCACCCGACUGGCCUGAUCUUGGUCUCUGUGCUUCCUUGAGUUAAAUUUUUCUGCAGCCGCAUUGAUUGAGGAAUAGCACUCUACUAUGUGCUUUUGACUUGUUAUUUAAAUUGAGGUCCUCAAUUAGAAGUUAUUUGUGCUCUAACAAAGAACAAUGAACUUGGUGAAAGUGGAACAAAUGUUUGCUAUGUGUUUUAUUUAUUCAAAAAACAAAACCAAGAUGGACUUUCUUAGUACUGCUCCAAAGACUGUGGUUAUAAUAACAUUUUUAUACCUAACUUGUUUAAGAAGUGCUAUUUCUCAUAGGCGUUUCUUUCUUUUUGAUUUUCUUUAAGAAUUUUAAGAAUAUUGCUUUAAGAUGGCAAUGUUUUCUCCCCUUUGAUAUGCUAACAUUUAGUAAGCACUGGCUUUGUGGACGCAGCCUGACUUUUAUAAGCACACUGCAUUUUUAACCUCAGUAAUUAGCUUAGUAUAGGAAGAUAAGGAAAAGCUCCGGAGGGCAUCCGUGGGGUCAGGGAGAUUCCUUGGCCUUGCCUUUUGUAGAACUGUUGCUGAUCAGAUUUUAAGCCCCUGUCUUUCUGUAACUGAGGGUUGGAUGGUUUACUUGGUUCCAGAAGGAAGCACCGCCUGGCACCCAUCGAGAGCCGUGGUGCAGUGGCUGGGGGGAGCAGUGUCCCGUCCCCCCCGGGGCGCAGCAGGUCUCCGCACCCCACAGUCUUCACAUUUUAAACAGGACAGUUUGGCCUCCAGGUGAUACUGAACCACACCUGCUAGCUUAAAGCUGAGGGAGAUUUGAGAGAAGGGGCGACUGUCCUUUAGAGAAUGGAGGGCCAGGUGACGCAGAGUGGGAGCUCCUGGAGAAAGCGCUGCCUUGCCCGAGAGGAACCGGCGGAGGCCCACCGGAAAGAGUACCCUGUGGGGCUGCGUUCCCUCAUUUUUAUUUACCAGUGACUACACUUGGCCAUCUCUCUGAAUGUCCAAGGAAGGCAAGUCUUUAUGGUUUUGAUGAAGGCAGAAUUAUUUUUCUCUGUAGAGAGACAGAUUUUUUUCUAUCAAGGAAUUAGUCAAACAUGAUUUAGAUUGGCGACUGCUAAAGGCUAGUAAAGAGACAGGUCCUGCACCCAGCUUUUACCCCACUGUGUGUCUGUGGGAUGCCCUGAGCUUACAGGCUUGAGAGAGGGACAUAAAAAUGCUUGUGGCAAUUCAAAUAGUAUUGGACUUGACAUAAGGAAAUCAUCUGAUUUUAUUUCUACAGCUAAAAAAUAAUUCCCCUUCAUUUCAUUAUACUUCUUUAAAGAGAUUGGAGUCUGAAUGGAAAGAAAGUUUCAUCAUUUUCCAAGGGACGCUGAGAAAUUACAGUUGGAAAGUCUGUACUAUUCCAGUUAAUAUCACUUCCUUUUUUUAAAAAUUAGAAUUCAGUAAAAUUCGGAUACGUUUUAUUUCUUCGUAACUUUGGCUCUCACUACUCUAACCCUUUGAACAGUCUGUAUACAAUUAAGAGGUUUCUGACAUUUAUUCUUACACUGUGUGGAUCAGUUCUAGAAUUUAGGAAUUUUUACUUCUGUUGAGUUUUGAAUCUCUCCAGAGCGGCAUGCAGAUAGUUUUUUAUUUCUGUACGUUAAAGAAAAACCCACGUAGAAAGUAUCUACAAAGUAAAAAGGAGAGGAAAUAGAAAUUAUUUUUUCAUGAACAUUUUGAUACACAUUUCAUCAAACUAAUUGGUUCACCAAUUUCUUACACUGGUUAUAAUCAAUAUUUAAUUCAAAGAGAGGGAAGCAUUCAUUAUUGAUAUUUAUAGGCUUUUAAAGUUCCAUCCUUUACAGAUUAUCAAGGUUGGGGCAACCAAAAUUAUAUUUUUAUCUUGGGAAAAAACAAAACUCCCCAAGUCAUAAUGUUAAACAGAAUUGGAGUAUUUUCUUUAGAGUUUCUCGAAUAGGCAAAUGAAAGCUUACUAUAGAAUGCUUGUAUUUUCUUUUCUCUCUCUGGAACAUCAACACCAGUAUAUUGCUGGCAGCUAUUGUAUUAAAAAAUAAAAUAUAUUUUCACUAU